CCGACUUUUGACGUCACUUUCGGGAAUCUCCGACGAGGCAAAAAGCACCAACAAGAAAUGCAAAAUGGCGACGCUGGGUGACAGUCAGUCGCUAUUUGCAGACAAACCAUGGACUGUCUGGGAAGAAUUGAUAGAAAGUAAUCCUAGAAAUGAAGAGAAGCCCUUGGUGUCUGAUGUGCCCGUAAAAAGUGACAGUGCUAGUGACAGCAUGAAGCUUCGUAAAGAAGACAUGUACUUAUUUGGGCUUUGCCCAUCUCAAGACGAAUUCUACCUGGUGGUGUGUGAUAGAUGUGGACAGGUGGUCAAACCACAGGCGUUGGAGACACAUUUAGAACAAAGACAUGGUAACAUCCCGACCAAAAAGUCACCAACAGCAGUCUCUCCCUCCACCAUUGCCAGCAAAACCUCAUCGUCAUCGUCACCGGCUACAACGUCAACAAUUGCACGGUCAUCACAGCCUAGUACGCCAUCCUCACCACGACCAUCACCGAGGGCGUCGCCCAAACUGACAAAACCCAUGGCACCAUUCACCAAGAUGAGUUCGGCAGAAAUCAAUUCGUUGAGCUCAAAAGACAUGCACAAGAUCAAAAGGAACCACUCAAUGCCCGUUGUCAAAGUGGAACGAAUACCUUCCCCGUUGGCGAUGAAAAAGGGUCGAGUGUCAUUACCGCCUGAAAAGGCGCCGCCUGACUUAAAACGAAAGCAUGUAUCGUCGACUACGAGUAAUAGUACGCAUGGUGUCACACCGCCAAAUGUCGGCGCGUCGACGUCAAUGCCAUCGCUAUGUCCUACGACGACUGUCAUGACAACCAGCAUUACAACAUUCGCACUGACGACGAUAACAUCAACAACGAGUAGUAAUCGCACCCCAAGUCCUGCUUCGGUAUCUCCACCAAGUCUGCACCCAUUGGCGUCGCCAGCGGCCCCAAUUCACUCGCCCGCUCCCCGUACCCCGACGCCCCUAUUUGCUCCAACGCCGCUGCCACUGGUCUCGAUUCCGCCGCCAACUCCAACACCACCUCCAGCUGUAUCUGCCUGUGUGCCGUCGCCAGUUAGUCUGCCACCGAAACUGGUUCCGGUGAAUGUUGCCUCUCCUCCAGUGCGUGUGGCGACUCAGCCAUCAAGAAGACUGCCAAAAGAGAAACCGCCGAAGGAAAGGAAGUUGUUAUUGUGUAAAGAUCGUGAAUUUGAUGCUGACAAACAUUGUGGUGCCUGGAUACAAGAUAUAAGUCGUCAAUGUACUCGUUCCCUCACAUGUAAGACGCACGCAUUAUCGUUACGGCGCGCCGUGGUUGGCCGCAGUAAAUCAUUCGACGAUCUCCUCAGGGAACAUCGAGCAGCUAAAGAAGCGCUAGUGAAGCGUAAAGCUUUGGCGGCACAGGCAAACAAGAAGGCAGCGCCGGGCGGUCUGGUCGUCGAGGAACUGCCAAAGCCCGUGGAAUCGCGGAGUGCUCCCGCAUUGAACGGGGCGAGUUCGCAGAAGGCACUAGCACAAGCACUCAUGGCGCCCACACCGUUAUCUCCUCUCAAACUUGCCAAACCGACCAAUAGGAUACCCAACUCAUUACAAAGGCCUGCAUUUUCCCCUCCGGCUCAGCCUAUUCUUCAAAAGGAACCCACACCGCCCCCUGAGUUGUCCAGCCACCUAUCUAGCGAGGGUGAAGACGACGACUUCCCGUACGAGUGUCCUUAUGUAACGUAUCAUCCAAGGCCAGCUGCAAUGUGUUCAUACGGUGGCCGCCUCAGCGGGAGUUGUUACACAUUCAAUAGGAAGCAGGACUUAUUUCGGGCAGCGUUUAGCCAUGCUGUGGAAAGACAUUUACACCCACCACCUCAUAAAAAAUUGUGCGUAGAAUCACGACUACCUCAGGAACUUCAUAUGCCAGUGGAAUCGAAGGACCCAUACGAUUUUGAUUUCUUUGACGUGACUUCUAGUUUCGGCGGGCCACCACCAGGUGGCACACCUAAUCCUAACGCUGUCAACAAACCAAAACAGUCUUCGCCGACGAAAUUGGUGUCGCCACCGUGUACUCCUACUCAAACGACAAUGCCAAUGAAUCGAACAAUAAAACCGCGGGACAAUCCCGCGGGUGGGAAAAGUCCCGUUCAAGCUGCUGGUCCAAAAGUGCCAUUUACUAGUGCAAAGCGGAAACGUAGUGUUUCCUCGCAGGAACCCACAAACAGUGUUUCUAGUGUUUCUGGCGGAGAAACUACUUAUUCCGGUGCGACGAAUACUCUAAGUUCCCAUGUUGCCGCCCCGAUAUCUAUUUCCAUUCCAAGCGGGAUCAACCUGGGGACUGUCGGUAGUAUCAACGCAGCGUUGCAGGCUGCGAAUAAAAACUGCAUUCUCACGAAAAACGAUGUGCUCAAGGAUGUGACGGGAUUAGUGGUGACCGGUAUCGACGCGACGAUCGCCAACGGGCAGCUCAUUAACAUAAGCAGCGCUAGUCUCGCGGAUAUCACGCAGCUGCAGAACAGCAUUCACAUACAGAACAGUAGUGUGAUUGAUAAACAAGUUAAUCAAGGUGCAAAGGUCAAAAUGAAGACGAAUAGCACCAAAUUAAAAAGUGGGAAUAAACUUCAGAAUUUAAACGACAUAAGGGCAGCUAAUAAUAUCUUCGGAUUACCUAGUGGGACAUUCAUUAUGGAGAGUACGACGCAGCCUGGAACGUUAAUAGCCACGCAGGCUCCGCUAACAACACUAGCCAAUAGCAAUUCCGCUGCCAACAUUACUGCUAUGUCACCGCCAUCACACCCCAGUCCUUCCACGACGCCGAGUCCUUUAUAUAGAUCAGGCUCAGUAAGUCCACAAGUCUCUACCACCUCGCCACUACCAAACGGCAUUGUUUCCACGCCGUCUGCUGUGAGCGUCAAGGGUCUACCAACGGGUGCUAACCACGUACCAGUCACUAUAGCUGUCAAUCCUGCCAACCGAAGCAUCCCCAGUCCGUCACGAACAAACCCUGGACAGGGAUCGCCGAAUCAUACGGGACAAUUAAAAAUCACAGGAAAAAACCAUGGAGGUCAAAAUGCCGGACGUCACAACCCCAUGUUCAACAAAACUAGUGCUAACUCAGCCAAAGCACAAACUGGUCACUUAAGUGGUACGUUAAAUGUGUCGCAUCCAGGACGAUUAGUGACUGCAGCCAGCUUACAACAGCAGAGAUAUGCUAAUCAAAUGCUCGUUUCACAGACUAAUCCGCUCGUAAAAUCCAACUCUUCGAGCCGAGCAUCAAAAUCAGCUACGCAAGUGCCGCUCCUAACGGCGGGAAAUAUCGUCAUGACACAGCAGACGUUACAAAGUGACGAACGGACUCGGAGAGAAUUGCAGCAGUGUAUUAAAACAGAGCCUUCGGAUAUGAUAUCCUAGCAUAUGGCUAACUAGCGCUAAGCUAUUCUGUGUUGGGCUGAGUGUGUCUUGGAGAAUUUUAGGUCAUGCCGGAAACUUUCCCUCAGUAGUUAACCGUGUUUGUGAAAUCGAGUGAAAUGUUCUUGGAAAAUACAUGAAACGACCUUUGAAAACGAGGGAAACAUCCUUGGAAAACAAGUGAAACGUCCUUGGAAAACGAGUGAAACAUCCUUGGAAAACAAGUGAAACGUCCUUGGAAAACGAGUGAAACAUCCUUGGAAAACAAGUGAAACGUCCUUGGAAAACCAAGUGAAACAGCCUUGGAAAACCAAGUGAAACGUCCUUGGAAAACCAAGUGAAACGUCCUUGGAAAACCAAGUGAAACGUCCUUGGAAAACCAGGUGAAACGUCCUUGGAAAACCAAGUGAAACGUCCUUGGAAAAUCAAGUGAAACGUCCUUGGAAAACAGGUGAAACAUCCUUGGAAAACCAAGUGAAACAUCCUUGGAAAAAUGAGGGAUAUGUGCAUGGAAAACAAGUGAAAUGUAUUUGGAAAACAUGUGACAUGUUCUUGCCGGUCGGAAAUUUAGGUUAAUUUGUUCUAUUUACAGUUUUCCAUUCAAAUUUUCGUAAGACGGAUUCAUCAGGUGGCAGAUUGCGGUUAAGUCCUUAGCGGAUUUGCUGGCAGUUCUGUCGCUCGAGACGCGGCUCAUGUCUGAUAUUAUUGACCUCUCUUGCUCAUCACAACAAAUGCGGUUCUUGGGACGUGAUGCGGUUAAGUACUGAUAUGCAAUGCGUUGUGACUCACGAUUAUUGGAACGAAUGAUCCUGACUUUCCAUGUUCUGUUUCGAAUUCCUACAAAAGCACAAAUGUGAUAAACUUUGUGAUACAGUGAUCGGGGAGGAAUAGGAAUUGCUUUAUUCUGAACACUAAUAUGAAAGCUGUCGGAAAUGCCAAUCAUCAGGUUUUAUUCCUCGUCAAAUCAAAAGCGUAUGAACAAUACCUGUUGAGUCCGCAUUUCAAAACGGCCAAUAGUUCCACUGUGGCUGGAUGGCAACUAAUGCCUGGAUGUGUAAUUAUUGUAUUUAUUGAAAUAAGUUCUUGGGUAGUGCUUGGAAUUGGUUGGGAAGAAUCUGAUUGGCUUGAAUACUCCCAAAUGGCAGAAAAGCAUCAAAAAUAAGUUCAUUUUCAGAUUCCAUGGCCCCUAGUUGGGUCCCACCUUCAUGUGUGGUGGCUUUUAGUUUGGAAUCAACAGUAUGUCAUGAAAAAUUGUCACUUGGGAUACGUGUUACAGCAUCCAUGAUAAUUGAGUACCCUUGCUUAGAUCAAACUUGCAUAACCAGCCUCUGGCAUAAUCAAUUGGUGAUGUGUAUGACAGAUUUGUAUACUUGACCCGUCAAACCAAACUGGGUAGUAAGUCUCCUUUGGGGGCAUAUGUUCGUAUAUCUCAAGUUACAAGCUACAUGUACACUUUGAUACCUCUCCCAUCUUUUUAUCUUUAGCGGUGCCGAAGAUAUUCGUAAAUAUCGGAGACAACUUUGACAGUGAGAGGGUUAAAUCUAGAGGCCCAGUACAGCAUACACAUGAUUAAGGUGCAUGGCUAUAGUGACCAACACCCAAUCUUUUCCUGAGAACCUGGUAAUUCGUAACUCACAUUUUCCAGGCGACAGUUUUUUGUGACAUGCUGUAUAGAAGAGCUCUGAUCUACUGAUAAUCUACAUAACGGAUCACAUCAAAAUGGCUUAUUUAUUAACUUUUGGCGACAAUCUGCAUUUCGAUGGGUGUGCACGCGUAAUUUCUGUGGUAGGGUCCCAGAAAAAACCUCAAAUAGGAAAACAGGCAUGAAAUUUACCAAUUCAAAAUUCACUGAUAUUUUCAAUAUCUUUAUUUAUGAAAUUUGUAUUUGCAGAUUUUGAGGUGUCUUUUAGAACAUAUUGCAUUUAUUUGUGAAAUUUGCAAAAUCAGAAAAUGUUGAAUAUAUUUUUUAAAGUGGUUUUCAUGGGGCCCUACAUGUAUGUAAGGUAAUCAAAAUUUGUGGUGGGUAAUUUUGUGGUCAAGUUUCCAUGAGAACUUUUCUGUUAGUUAUUCGGACAUGCCCCGUCAUAUUUAAAUUGCUUCAUGACAAGAGACCCUAUGUUGUUUCCAAACAUUGAAAGAAUUGCCCCUUUAGGCUGUUGGGUUGCCUUUUGAAGGCUUAUUCCUACUCUGAAUACCUUUGUCUCUAUGUUGGGUAAAGUUUUGAUCAAGCCUUACCAAAGUUUUUACAGUAUUAUCAUUGCUUUCUUCCUUGGUAAGUCGUAAAUUAUGAAAGGUUUUCGGUGGCAAUUUAAGAGUCAUUGACAUAGAUAGCCAUCUGAUGACAGACCAAAGGGUAAGGGUCACUCUCGACGAUUUGUGUAGACCAUCCUUGUACCAAGAAAAUGUGUGAUAAGGGGUGUUUUUACUGACAGAAAUGCAUGGCUUGUGAAAGUAAGUCAUGUUCUUCUUUGUCAAGGCACAUGACAAGCCCCAGGGCUUGCUUCAUAAGAAACUCGCCCCUGCCACAGGCCACACAUAUUUUCUCUAUUUCUCAGACACCACAGUCUAGUCAUAUUUCCCGAGUUUUGGAAACACAAGGAAAGGGGUUGUGUAUUGGCGACUAAUACUAGUAGAAGAGAGUUUGAAUAAUUACGCAUGCCAGCAAAAGGGGUGGGGGUUGAAGAUGGCUUCACCUGUGGGAGAUUUAAGGAUUCCAGGUUAAGGGAUGCUCCACACUUGUAAUCGAGAGUGACCACCCUGGGGUAAUGCACAAGAAGUGGUUUUUGUUCUGAAACCAACACUAAACACGGAAGCAUAUAUUUCACUUCUACCUUCCUUCUUCUUGCGUUGAACUAGUCAAACUUUACAUUGUUGGUCUUCAAGAACAAGUCAGUAUGACGCAAAUCUGCCUCUGUUCCCCAAAGCUUUUGAUGGAGAGACUUCCACCUUUCAACAGUGGCUUCUUGGUUCUGUACAAAGUAUCCUGGUUCUGCUGCCCGACUUUCAAAUCAGUGUCGUUGCUUUGAACUCUCCUCUAGUCGCUAUUUCAUGGGCCUGGUUAGGCCCGAGUGAUGACUGUGCAAGCAACUCCUAAAAUACACGAGAGUGCCUCUGGUGACUUAAAACGAACAGUGAUUGUUUGGAAGAAACAAUGGCGUAUGGUGUCAAAAUCAAAACAUUUUCCACAAACUAGUAUUCCUGCAUGCAUAUUGACCCAAUUGCCAAAAAGAUAUUCUCAGAGCUGCCUCGUGAAUGAGUUGAAAUCCAGUUUGUUUCACGGAAAUGGAUACACCCAUCUGGUGCUAUUGACUGCACACUGAAAGCCAAUCCGUGCCUUCAGGUACCAAGUUCACCCAAUGCCUAUAGUUUUGUUGACGAUGUUGAGAAAUUUUUCAUUUCGCUCCUAUUUCAAUGAUUUUUGUAUGAUUUUUAAAGGCUUAUCUCAAUUGAAUCUUUACAUGAAGUCGUAUAGCUUGAAUCCAUUCAAGACAUCUCUAUGAGUAUGACCCUGACCUCUCUCGAAAAUAUGCCAUAACAUGGUAGGAAACACUUUUACUCAAAAAUUGUAUAUAUUUUAACCCCUUUCUCACAGUCUCUACGACACAUAGUGCAGAGAAAGCCUGCUAUAAUCGGUUAAAAGGUGAUGGCAUGGUAGUCUUAUUCGGCCUAUGUUGGCCUUCUUUGGGAGGGGAGAGGUCAGAAUAUAGUAUGAAUAGUUGAAAGCUACAUAAUUGGUGUAAAGGUUUAUUUCAGGGACAUGUACAUGUAGGUCUUCUAAAAUUUAUACAGCCGUUAUUGAAAUGAGAGUGAAAUGAAAUGAACAAUAUCUCGACACUGCAAACAAGAUUACAUGUAUGAUAUUUUCCCCUUGAUUGUGAUAAUUACAUUUUAAGUUACCAUUCUGUUUUUCAACUGAAUGUAAUGAUAAUUUAUGAUGACAUGAAAUGAAAUAAUUAAUUUGACAGUUGAAGGGUGACUUGCACUGUAAAAUCACUUAUUUUUGGUAUGUUAUUUUCCCAGGAUGUUCUGGUUUUGAAUAUUCGACACGCUAAUAUGAAAAUAUAAACUGUGUAAAGAUACAUUUUGACAAAAAUGUGAAAUAAAAUCCUUGCCAAAACAUGUGAUUCUGCAUUUUGGGGGAUAACAUUUUUCAUUUACAUUUUCAUAACGUUUUCAAAAAAACUAAAUAAGUCUAAAAAUAACAGGUUCAGUGGUUUUCAUGAGAUAUUUUGUUACGAGCAGGGGCUAAAAUUUACUUGCUAAUUUUACCCAAUCCAGUGGCUUUCACAAGUUGACUAAUGUGAUCAUGGCACUUAUGUUCUAAGGACCCUUCACCACAUGACAGGACAUGCGCUUAAGGAUUUUGCGACCAAGGCAAAAGGAUUUCUUGGGCCUGGUAUUUUGCAUUUUGAAACCUGCCAAAUGGAAAUGCACAAAGGCAAAAUUGCCUUCGUAAUUUUUAAUCUUUUUUCAACCUAGUAUAUUAAAAACUGUUUGGCAAAGGAAAUUCCUCUCUUGGCCAAUUCAUGUCGUAAAUCGAUUCAAGAUCUUUCACCUCAUGUUUAAAUCAAAGAAUGGACUAGCCCUAGUUUUAACUUUGGCACAUUCCGAUUCUAUGAUCCUUGAGUUCUGGGUCCAAGUGCCUGCUGAGCAUUCACAGGUGUUGCCUGGAAAUGGUGGCCUAGUGGCACACUGGUAAAGACCAAUGUUUGGAAUUUACUUCAGCGCAUGACUCCUGUGAGUCGUUGGCUGGACUCCUGGCCGGUGCAGUAUUUAUGUGAUAGUGAUAGAGAGGGCAACUCUCUCUGCAAGCGUAGGUUUCCACGGGUGUCUCGGGUUUCCUCCUACAUUGCACUAUCAACACUGUAUUCAGCUGAAAUGGAGCUCUAGGUCUGGGCGGACAGACCCUGGAAUAACAUGCCUGGUGAUGAUCAGUGUCAAGUGAGGAAAGUCGCUGUCAUAGGCGUGUAAAAUUUUAAAUCCAUUGUCAGGCUGAAUUAUUUGCAGAUAAAUUCUGGCCCUUGCUUGUGACAAAAUAAUUAAGAGCUGAUAAAUUUUUUGGAGGUCAAGGGUUAAUCUGAAACACGUCAAAUUAGUUAUUGUAUGUACGAGAGAGUUGUAUUCUUGAUGAAUAUUGAUAAUUUAAUUGACUGACUUAAUUAACUAAUUAAUUAAAUUUUACCUAUUAAUUAGGUAAUUGCAGUGCAUUGCUAUGUGGAAUAGUAUUUAACGAUUAGGGAUGCCACCGUGCUUAAUUUAUUGCUAGUGCUAUGCAUGCUUUUGGAGUCUAGUUGGCUUGUUCUCGAGGGUUAAUACGAGUCGCAAUAAGGCAUUUGCCUCUUGGAGAUCUUGAUGCAUUAAUUAUCAGAAGGUACAUGUUAAUUAGUUGAUUUGUUUAAUGAAUGGAACACUAAUUCCAUUGGACAUGUUUAGAAUAUUUGUUUGUUGCAGUUUGUUGCAGUUGGUUGCAGUUUGCUCAAUGAUUGAAGGGUUAAGAUGCAAAAGUCGCUGACAUUCUGAUAUAAGAGGGGCUACUGGGGACAAGAUUUGGGGUACCUGGGAACGAGGUGGACAUACUCCCUCUAAAACUGUUCGACGUUGCCAUAUUCAAAAAUCAAUUAACAUAACCACCACACGGUGAUUGUGACGAUUUCGCGCAGGUGGCAGGGUGAAUUGGCAAAAAUAGUUCUC